UAUUGUAGUGUUAUAUAUAUUCGCAGAUGGCGGAAGGGGUGGCCAGUAUGGCUCUAAAAACCAUUCAGGAUCUGCUGUUAGAGGAAGAUAAAUUCUUAAUAGGCGUGCGCAGCGAAGUGAAGACACUAGAUGUCAUUCUUAAGGAAAUGAAAUCUCUUCUGAUUGCCGCUGGCAAGAGAGGACUCAACAAAGAUAUGGUUCGCCACUGGCUGAGGCAUGUGAGGGAGAUGGCCUAUAGAGCUGAUGAUACCAUUAGUUUGUAUGCAGCCAUUUGCGUUUCAUCCAACAGAACCCUGCACCACAAAUUCUCUUGCAUCCUUACAGAGGGCUACUCUCUCCACAAGAUUGGCUCUGAGAUCAAAGAAAUCAAAUCCGAGAUGGCAAGACUUAACUCAAGAAUGGAUCCGUACUGGAUGCAUAGAAUCAUUCAAGGAGAAAGCUCCGCUCAGCCUUCAAUGCCGAUCCUUCCCUUUGGGACUGAAGUUCUUGUUGGAAAAAAAGAAGAAGUGGAGCAACUUGUAUCCCAUUUAGUUGGUGAUGAAGCAAACCCUGUUAUUUCACUGUGGGGGAUGGGUGGGAUAGGCAAAACUACUAUGGCCAAAAGAGUGUACAAUCACCCCACCACCAGGCGCUUCUUCGACUCCUUCGCAUGGGUUUGCGUUUCUCAAAAGUGGGACACCGAAUCACUUUUCUUGAAUGUCUUGAGGAAUCUCAGCCCACUCCACAAUACCUCGGGUUUGACCGUCCAACAGUUGGCCGAUGAAUUGCUUCUAGUACAGGAGGCAAAAAAGUGCAUGAUUGUCAUUGAUGAUAUUUGGAGUACUCAGGCUUGGCACCAACUUCAGUUUGCCUUCAGUCCCAAAACAAAGAUUUUACUGACCACGCGUAUUCACGGCGUCGCAAAUGUUGGAUUUACAAUCAAGGCUCGCCUCCUCACCGACGACGAGGGCUGGGAGUUACUUAACAUCAAGAGGAAUGCACCUAUACCCACCAAUGUUCCAGCUGAAGAAAAUAAUAUGCUUGAGAAAAUUGGGAGAGAAAUGGUAGCCAAGUGUGGGAAUUUACCAUUGGCCAUUUCAUUGCUUGGCGGGAUACUGCGUAACAAGAAAUCAAGUGCAGAGUGGAAAUCGGUUAAUGAAAACUUAAGUACUGAAAAUCUGAAUGAUGAAAUCCAGAGAGUGUUGCACUUAAGUUAUCAAGACCUGCCAUAUUAUUUGAAGCCAUGCUUUCUCUAUAUGGGUAUGUACAAGGAAGACGAGGUCAUUCCGGCAAUUGAUAUAUGUGUGUUGUGGAUCGCACAAGGCAUGAUCUCGCAGCCGCAGGAGAAUCGCGGAAAUGAAAUGCCGUUGAUGGACAUAGCACAACGCUACUUGACUGAGUUAGCAUCUAGGUCGGUUGUAGAAAUUACACGUGAUGAUCCUAUUCGUGGGCAGACAACUAGAAUGUGUAAACUCCAUGACGCCGUGCGAAAGAUGUGCUUGUCACUCGCAAUAGAUGAAGAUUUUGGCUUGCGCAAUUUGGAUUAUGAGGGUGGACCAUUUAGUGGUUUCUUCCAUGACAGUUUGUCACGUCGCAAAACACGCCAUUUGAUUGUUUAUCUGAAAAGCAGAUUAGAAGAAGAAAGCAGAGAGCCCGCAGUCACCUGUGACCAAGAUACCACCAAAAUUGUGCGAUCUCUACUUUUCAUCAAUGACAUGGAGGGAGUACCUCUAACUCAAUUUCCUCAUAGAAUUGUUCGUUUGAAGGAAUUCAAAGUGCUCAAAAUGCUAUCUAUUUGCGGAUUUGUUUUUGAGGGUAGAAAAUUGCUAAAAGAGAUAAGUAAACUAGUCCUUCUUCGGAUUUUACGCUUGCGCGAUUGCCUGUUUGACGAGCUACCAUCGUCCCUGAAAAAUUUGGUGUACUUGCAUACACUGGAUCUAUGGAAUAGUGGGAACGUCCUAAUACCGAAUGGUGUUUUGGAUAAAAUGUUACGGCUAAGGCAUUUGAUCCUUCCAGUAUACUAUGAUGAGAACUUAGAGGAUUAUAGAAUGAGUUUGGAAGGUCUUGAGCAGCUGGAGACACUUGUAGGCUACAACAGUUUGGUGCACCAACUCGAAUCCCCAACUCAAAUGACCAACCUCCGACAUUUUGAAGGCAUAGUCCACGAUAACCAAAGCUUGUCGGAUAUCAUUAACGCAUUUUGUACAAGCUGGAAUCAUUGUAAAUGUGGUGGACUUAGAAUCAAACAAGGCUGCCAUAUUUCAUCAGAGGAAGAUUUGAUGAUUUUCAAGAAAGUGUUCAAACUUCACAAUUUGUAUAUCUCUGUUCCGAUAGAAAAUCUGUUCAAGGAGUUGGAAAGUGAAGCAUAUACCUCAAAUCUUCUUAGCUUAAUCUUGUCCGAGAGUAAUAUUAAGGAGGAUCCAAUGGAGACACUGGGAAAACUUCCCCAUUUAGUAGAUCUGUGGAUGACUGAGGCGUGCUUUUUGGGGGAAGAAAUAACAUGUCACACGUCUUCCUUUCCGUCUCUCAAAAAGCUUGGAAUAGAAGAAUUACCAAACCUAAGAGAGUGGAAAGUAGAGGAAGGAGCCAUGCCCCUCGUUUCUAAGAUUCGUAUCCAUGGCUGCCCUCUCUUGGAGAUGGUUCCGGAUGGACUCAGGUUCCUCAAUGCCUUAACAGGCCUACAAAUCAGUGGAAUGCCUCAAUUAGGAGAACGAGUGAGCGAAGGAGGUGAGGAUUUCCAUAAAGUGCAACAUGUUCCUUCCAUUGUGAUCAGAAAUUGAACUCCAUUUCAAGUGAAACAGCAUGAAGCUCAUCCUUUCGAUGGUUGUGUGUGAUUUGCUCAUGUCUUUUGAAUACUAAAACUAUAUGUUGCUGCAGCCGUUGAUGAUUGAGCAAUACUCUUAUUUGUAUUUUGGAUGCUCGUUACUACGUUUCAUUCUGAACUCAAUUUGAAAUUGAGUGAUCCUAUCUAGGUAAUCGUUUGUCUUGUCUUUGAAUAUUGAUACUUGUUUCUGCUCUUUAUGACAAUGCAAUACUACUUAUUAUAUACCUGUUUUGUGGGUUAUUCUCAGUGUGAAGUAUCAGUUUCUUUAUGUAAACUCACUGAUCUUAUCUCCGUAUAACUGCUAAUAUAACCCCUUAGUUUUGAGUCAAAACUGAGUAUAUGUUGUCGUUCAUGGUGAUGAUUCUUGCUAGUUUUUUGUUAUGUGUUUGGUCGUCGAAUUCUAUCAGGUAAGCAUGUGGAAAUAUGGUUGAAGCACACUAAUGUUUUUGGGGGAUUGGAUUAUAUAUGAAAUUUGGGCUGAUAUACAGUUUACUGCAAUCGAAAUCUCAAGGCCUUGGUGAUAUUUUUUUUUUUGUGUUUGAUAAAUGUCAAGGCCGAAGUUACUCAUUGUAUGUUUUUUACGGCUUUAGUUGGUGGUACAGUUACUGUUCGAUGGAAUGCUUAAACGAAUUCAAAGUUUUGGUUGGUUUCCUCUUGUUUUGAGUAACCCAAUUGAGAUGGCGCUUGCUUGCGAUCUACAUUGCUAAUUUGGGGUUAAUGUUGGAGAAUUUUAGCCAAAAAUCGAUGGUCAAAACCUUCUAAAUUAAACAUUAUUGUGGCCUUACCCAAAACAGAUCAUAAUUUUUGGACCCUAAAAUACCAAAAAUAAGAUGUCUCGGGAAUUUACUGCUUUAAUUAAAAUGCAAGCUUCUCAGACUAACUUUACAAUGCAUGUUUCAAUCUUUUUUUAUGAGGUGUCUAUCUAUCUCAAUAUUUUUAUUUCUAUUAUGUUGGAUAGGAUUUUUCAAGGACAAAAAAUUCCCUUAAAACAUGUCCUCGAUAUGCUAGUUUUGC